AACAUUCGUCUGCCAUUGUUGAUGUCUUGUAGAUUGAAAAGGACUAAUAAUAGCUCGAGAUCAGAUAACAAUAUAACCUCAGCAUGGCCGGUGUCGGCAAACCAGAAACAGUUGGAGUACAUGGAUCAUCGACUUCUUCUGCCCCGCACUCCAUGCCUGCUAACUCCAACCGGGAGUCUUCGCCGAGCACGCAAUACUUCUAUCUUCGUCUAGACUGCAUAUUGUUUCGGCCGGCUUCUCGUCUAUGCCCCCGACAGCCGCUUCGGGUUUGCCGAUACCCGGUGUGGGGAAUGGCUUCACCGGAUAAAGCCCCAUUAAAGCCAACGAAUACCUCCCCGACCUUGGCAGUUGCUUCUACAGUGUAAGCUUCCAGCAACCACAAUGGCCCGCCCUUCAUUCGCGGAUACAAGAGACUACGACGCCGCAGAGCGCGGCUUCAUCGCAGCCCUAAACCCCGGGAUCAUCAAGCACGCCUCCGGCCGCGUGGUCUGGAACCCCAAUGCAUGGGAUUUCAUGCAAGGGGAAUGCCCUGCCUCCGCACAUCCCCACCUCUGGCGCCAGGGCCAAUUGAAUUCCAAGCAUGGGCUGUACGAGAUCUGCCCUGGGAUUUACCAGCUUCGAGGCUACGAUCUGUCCAAUAUGACGAUUGUCGAAGGGAUGGAGGGAAUCAUUGUUAUUGACCCGCUGGUUUCGUGUGAGUGUGCGGCUGCUGGGAUGGAGUUGUACCAGGCGCACCGUGGGAAAGGGAAGAGAAUUACCGGGAUGAUUUACUCGCAUUCGCAUGGGGAUCACUAUAUGGGUGCGGGUGGGGUUAUUGAUGCGGAUGCGGAUAUACCUAUCAUCGCGCCAGAGGGGUUUAUGGAAGCCAUUCUGAGUGAAAGUAUCCUGGCCGGGCCGGCGAUGAGGAGGAGAGGAGCCUUUAUGUAUGGGAAUGCCCUGCCUCGAAGCCCAACCGGGCAGAUCGGGACGGGUCUUGGGAUGGGGUCUAGUGUUGGGACGACGAGUCUUAUCCCACCUAAUCUUCUCAUCCAGACAACAGGAGAGGAGCAUAUCAUUGACGGGGUGAAGAUCGUCUUUCAGAUGGUGCCAGGGACAGAAGCACCGGCGGAAAUCAAUUUCCACUUCCCGGAUUUCCGGGCCUUCUGCAUCCCUGAGACGGCGACAAAUUGCAUGCAUAAUAUUGUUACCCUGCGGGGAGCGCAGGUACGCGAUGCGAAAGCAUGGUCUGGGUACCUAGACGAGGCGAUCGUUUUGUUCGGCCGCCACUCGGACGUGGUCUUUGGCAGCCAUAACUGGCCGACCUGGGGCCAGAGCGAGCUCCUGACGAGGCUCGAAGAGCAGCGCGACCUGUAUGGGUACAUGCAUGACCAGACGCUGCCUCCGGCGCUUGAGCGUGCCUGGCACUGCCGGGGGUUCUAUGGCUCCCUAAGCCACAAUGUCAAGGGCAUUUAUCAGCGGUAUUUGACGUGGUUUGACGGCCGUCCCGAACAUCUCUGGCAGUACCCGCCGCGGGAAGAGGGGCAGCGGUAUGUGGAGUGCUUUGGCGGUGUUGGCAAUCUUUGCGAUAAGGCAGAAAUCUUCAUGACUCGAGGAGACCAUCGCUUUGCCAUUACCCUCCUUGCCCACGCAGCCGCGGCAGACCCAGAAAACCUCGAGCCACGAGCACGGGAUCUCCUCGCGACAGCGUACGAAAAGCUUGGGUUUAGCGCGGAAAACGCAACAUGGCGCAAUUUCUACCUCACAGCCGCACAGGAGCUCCGCACAGAUAAGAAAGCCGGAAUGGUAGCAGGCGGUCGUACACCGCUAGGCGAGAAGUUGAGCGUCGAACAGUGCUUUGAGAUCCUGUCGGUGCAGUUGAACAGCGAACAGGCCUCGGGGGCCACCUUCAGUAUAGACCUGCACGUGACGGACACUUCCGAAAAGUGGCGGUUAAUUCUGAGUAACGGAGUACUGACUCGCCGGUGUCUCCAUAGCCAAGCGCAUCUAGAGGACGCACAAUAUAACAGCGCCGACCUGCAGCUGGAGCUCACCAAGGCCCAAUUGCUGGAACUCAUGCGGGACGGUUGCAAUCAAAAAGAUGAUGAAGCCGUUUAA